AGCUAUUUGGCACUUCUUAUUCUAUACCGGUACUUUGCAGUAAGGUGGUUAACCAGACCAAUUGUUUUUUGAGAUGUGCUAGUUGUAAACACGUCACUUACGGCGGGCGGGGGGGAUUUGGCCGGCGACACCUUAGGGUGCACGGCAGUUGGCGACCGGCCAGUCUCUUCAACAGGCUCCAGAAAGUACGCAACAAACCAAUUUUGAAACAUUUUUUUAAUCCGAUUGCCUUGAAUGACUCCCUACUCGACAUGACCAUGGAAACCAAAUCCCCAGGCCACCAGCGGCGUCUCGGAUAAUAACCUGUGGAACCUUCAGCCCGCUGUCAAUCUUCCAGUUGGUGACGAAAGGGCGGAGCGCGACAGAGGCGUAUCCUGAAGUUGAGCCCCCCUACCAAAGUUGUUGUUUUUUUCUCCCCCAGUUCUCCUUUUUCUGUCAUCUUUCCAUCCGAGAAUGUCGGGCAAGCGGUCGGCGUGGGCCGCCAACGCGUCUCUGUGGGAGGUCCCCGCCUUCGGGGGGGCGGCCCGCUUUCGCGUGGGGGCCACGGCGUUCCUGUUCGUCGUGGCCGCCACGGGCAACCUGGCGCUGAUGGUCAGCGCGCGGCGCCGUCCAGCCUCCCGCCUCCGGCCGCUGGUGACGGGCCUGGCGGCGGCCGACCUAUUGAUGACCUUCGUGGUAAUGCCGCUCGACGCCGUCUGGAACGUGACGGUGCAGUGGUACGGGGGCGACGUUCUCUGCCGGCUGCUGAGCUUCCUGAAGCUGCUGGCCAUGCAGGCCUCGGCCUCGGUGCCGGCGCUCAUCGGCCUGGACCGCCGCCGCGCCGUCGUUCGGCCGCUGAGUGCCCGGCGCGGGAACAGGCGUCCGAUGGCGCUGGCCUGGAGCAUCAGCGCGCUGUUGGCCGCGCCGCAGCUGUUUGUGUUCGGCGCGGUGAACGCGGGCGCGGACUUCGUUCAGUGCGCGACGCAUGGCGCUUUCGGCGCACGCUGGCAGGCCACGCUCUACAACAUGUUCUACUUUGGCACUUUGUACUUCGUCCCCCUGCUGGUCAUGAGCUGCUGCUACGGCCACAUCAUGCUUCACAUCAAAAACACGCACCUCAAGACCAAAGGCCAACUGCGUCGCAGCGGCACGGACGGCCUCUCCAGAGCCAGGAUGAAGACGCUAAAGAUGACCGUGAUGAUCGUGCUGUCCUUCGUGGCGUGCUGGACGCCGUACUACCUGCUGGGGGUGUGGUACUGGUUCCGGCCAGAGGUGGUGGGCUUCACCCCCGAAUACGUCCACCACGGCCUCUUCCUCUUCGGCAACCUCAACACCUGCUGCGACCCGCUCAUCUACGGCUUCUACACGCCUUCCUUCAGGGCCGAGCUGGCCGCCUGCUUCCGGCGUCGCCCCGCCGCGCCGCCCGGGAGGGACCCUGACGGAAGGGCUCCCGGGCCGAAGGCCGACGUCCCACGAGAGGAAACGCUCGUCGCCGUCUUUCCCGACGGCUCAAAGAGGCCCUCCGCCUGAUACUCCGUUUUUCCCAAUUUGGCCUCAGAUUGGCUUUUGGUGCCAAAAUACGCAAGGCGUCUGUCAUCUAGUGCACGGGAGCUUGAACGCCACUUUUAUUUGCUUGACUAGGUCUAAAACCAAAGAACUGACGAAAGGCUACAAACAACCACUUUCGUCUUCAUUGACGGUAGCUCUGCAUGUAAUCAAUCAACAAGACGUGACCUGGUAUGCCAACCAACACAGCAAAGCUACCAUAAAAUUUCUCCAGAAAUGUCAUUUUCUCGCUAUUAUCAGUGUUGCGGCGAUUCUGGUAUUAGUACCGAUACGGCUCUAAAAUGUCAAUAUCUGAGAGUACUAAGAAUUAGCGCGCUGACACCUCGCUAUUGGUCGCCCACAUUUCAAGGGUCCUAAAGAAAGACGACGCCAGCCAGGCAUUUUUUUCCCCCCACAUUUAAUUUUUCCAGUUUAGGCCGCGCUUCAACGGGCAUCCGUCCGACCCAAUUUAUCGUGCAGAGCGUGCGCGCUGAUGCCGGCGUCCAGGGGGCAGCCCUCCACCAGGCUGUUGGUGGGCGUGGGCGGCACCCGCGAUCCCUCCUCCCCGUCGUCCUCGCCGUCGCACCGCCUCACGAAGUCUUUGAGUAGCGGCAGGACCUUCUUCCGCGACGCCCAGGCGUUUCCUGACGGACGGAAACGGACAAAGCGGACUCGUCGGUAACCGGAUCCUGUCGGGCUCUUUUAAGGGUACCGCGGAUAGAAAGGCAUGUAGUUCUUAAAAGAUAAAUGUUAGUAUGAGUUAUAUUAAUUUGAUAUUAAACCCCCUCUUAAAGUUUUUGUUUUAAUAAAAUUUGUAAUAUUCUAAAAAAAUCAAAAUAGCUCGCCGUUGUUGUUGACGUCGCGGGGCGGUGACGUCAUAUGGGCUCCCUGCCGUUCUUCCACAGUGUCACUCUUUAACUAUGUAAGGUAGUCAUUUAAAUACACAAGGUGUUAAUGGAGAAUUUAGCCGAAUUAGAAAUCAAGCCAAUGAGUGGGUUUUGUCCCUCCACUGACGCCGUAGUUUCCCGUUUAGUCCAUUGUACUUUACGUUCAUUUGAGUGUUGUCUUCACAGCGUGCAAGACUCCUGAUUAUGGCUCCCAGCAUCAUAGUUUGGAUAUUGUGACUAAAUAUUGCCAUCCAAUGCAUUUGUUGAGCUAAAGGAGUUGCUCAAAUCUUUCGAGUUUAACCAAAGUCUGAGUAAGUUUUAUGUGUAUUUUGCAUUUGAUUGUGAAUGCCAGUUCUCUUUGCGUUGUUGUUUAACUGUGUGAGAAUAGGGCCUCAUUAGUACAGAUUGAAGCACUUUUCUUUUUGUGAACAUUAUUUUUUGAGAGAAAUGAAUAUUAUUUUUGUUGUCUUUUCACCAUAUGAUACUUAUGUUCAAUUGUAUGUUAUGAAAGAGUUGCCGAAGCUCAUGCCAAUAAACGGCGCGGUCCGAGCUACGAAUCAAGGCCUGAACUCU